AUGGCGACAGAGGUCAAUCAAAACUGUUUUGCGUGGCCGCAUGAGGAAUCAUCUGGACAGGAUACCUCUCAGGGAACAACGCAAGUGUUUGACCAUGGUUCCAUAUCUUUUGGAAGAUUCGAUUUGGAAUCGCUAGCAUGGGAAAAGUGGUCUGUUUUUACCAAUGACAGGCGCACUGAGGAGUUUGUUAAAUUCAAUGGAUUAGUUGCUAAGAAGAAGGCAUACUUUGAAGAAUACUUUAAGAGGAUUAGGGAGCUAAAGGCUUUAGAACAACAAAACCAACAAACUGAACUGAAUCUAGAGUACAGUGGCGAUGGUAGUGAUUCUAGUCAGACAGGAGAAGACGAACCAGUUGCAAAGCAUGCAUCUCCUGCUGGAUCUGGAACUCAUGUUGAUGAUUCCAUGGGACAAAUAGCAGCCGAGACCACACCUGAGCAUCGACUGGGAUGCUACAAGGAUCACAAUGAGAGCAUAGGUAAUGGAAUUUCCACAUUGACUCGUUCUUCAUCAGUUGGAGGCUUACAGAUAAAUGGCGAAGAAACCAGAGAAAAUGCAAGCAGUGAUAAACAAAAUGCUAAAUGUGGUCAAGAUGAUCUGCUGAUGCCCAAUGAAGCUACGAUGACCCCUAAGAGAAUUAUUGAGAAAUGCUCCCGGAUUAGUCAAGCUUCAAAAAUUAUUCCAAAGACGGUCAAGAUGACUUCUAGUUAUAAUCCUGAUCACACAGUUGUCAGUAAGGGUCCUGAAUCAGCCAAGCCCAUUGUGAUAAAUCAGAAAACCAAGCCUGGAAAUAUUCAAUCAUUGCGGAAUCCAAAAGCAGCAACCACCAAUGUGAUUGGCACCACGGGAAGAACCAAACGUGUGCCCAAAGAAGAUCCUGGUGCCAUAGCUCUUAGAAGACCUUCCUCAGCAGCAUCGCAACGGCCCUCCACCAGGGAACGACGGCCUGUCACCAGAGACGGUUCACGGAACCCUGCUGGAAUUGCUAACUCAUGUCGCCCCUCUACUGCUGAAAGACGCCUUGCCACUAGAGACCUGGCAGAAAAUCAAACAAACAUUGCUAGCCCAUGUCGACCAUCUACUGCUGAAAGGCGCGCUAUAACCAAAGAGCUGGCACCAAAGCAUGCCAACGUAGCUACCCCACGCCGGCCAUCUACAGCUGAUAGGCGCCCUAUCACCAAAGAGCCGGCACCAAAUAAUGCUAACAUUGCUACCCCACGCCGACCAUCUACUCCUGAUAGGCGCCUUACCACCAAAGAGCCAGCGCCUAAGCAUGCCAACAUUGCUACCCCACAACGACCUUCUACUGCCGAAAGGCGCCCUACACGCAGAGAGGUAGCACCAAAGCUUGCUGGUAUUGCCAGUCCAUGUUGGCCAUCUAGUGCUGAAAGGCGGCCUGUCGCAAGAGGGAUUGCAGAGAAGAAUGCUGAUGUUGUCACCCUGCGAAGACCAUCUACUGCUGAGAGGCGCCCUAUAAAAAGAGAAGCUGCUCCAAAGCAUGCCGAUGUUGUUCCUCUUCGCAGGCCUUCUACUGCUGAGAGACGCCCUGUUGCCAGAGACAAUGGGCUUAAGCAUGCUAAUGUUGGCAACCCUUGUUGCCCUUCAACUCCUGAACCAUGCCUCAGCAGGGGAAGUGCAGCAAAGCAUGCUGAUGUUGCCAUCACGCCUUGUCGCCCUUCAACGGGAGAAAGACGAGCUGUUGCCAAAGAGAAUACCCUGAAAUUGGAUCCAAAAACACCAAUAAGGUUGAGAGCAAUGCCGGGUAAUUCAAAUGGUGCUAUGGCCACAGCGGCUACUCCCCAGAAGGCAAUUACUCGAAAUCUUGUUAAAACUAGCAAACCAGAGAUGAAAAGCUAUGCUAAGGAAAGGUUAGAACUCCAAGUUGGCGGGAAACUAAAAUCUAGUUCUGUUAAUCUUCCUCCAAGGAAAGUUUUGACUUCGAAUGUUGGAGCCAAUCGAGUCGUAGAGAACAUCAGAAAGCCAAAUAAGCAGGGCAUUCAGGAGACAGUUGGAUCUCGAGUAUUUGCAUCAAAGAAUGCAACUCCUUUGCAGACCGGAAGCGCAAAGACAAGGGUACCAAACCGCCACCGCCUCCCCCACCACGCGGGGCAUCCCAGUCGCCGAGCAAGCCAAGCCCCAAUAAAUUGUCUGUUGGUGGUAGAAAGCCAAAGGCUUCUACUCCACACUGGCACUAACCCAGCCCCAGGUCUCCAUCCUCUAGGAUCCUGCUGA